AUGUUCGGCGAACUUGUCAUGAUCUCCACACUCUUCAUCGUCCUGGCGUCUGGAUGUGGCAAAAAGGUUUCAAUUCGAAAAAGGAGUUUCUUUUUUGGAAAACAAUAAUAUUUGAUUGUAGAAGGGUGGUGGAGAAGCGGCCAAGUUGAAGCCUCGUGAGCUGGAUGCUCAGGGCAAGCCAGUCAGCGGCGAAAAGCCCGGAGAGGGGGCGAAGUCGACCGUCGACAAGCCCGGUGGGUUACUGUAGUGGAUGGGCGAGAAAAAGUUAGACCACCCGCAAAAAACAGCGAAAAUUUUAAUUGAAAAUUGAACAUUUAGGAAGAGAUAGAGAUAAUUUCACUUAAAAACCUUCGUUUUAGCAGCAGCUUCGAUGACUCCUCGUGAAGCGGACGAUAACGAGACGAUCAAUGACGCCAAAUCGGAUUGGGGAUCCAUUCCGAAGUAG